AUGGACCCGGAGUCGCGGGCCUCGCCUAGACGGCUCUCGUUGACGGGGCGGAUAGGCGGGAGCCGCGAUGCCGCCAAGACCAUCUCGGCGUGCUUGACGUGUCGGCGGAAGAAGGUCAAGUGCUCCGGCGACAAGCCGUGCACGUACUGCAGCCGGCGAGGGUUGGAGUGCUGCUUCCCGGAGCCUGGGAAGAAGCGGGUCUACUCUGUCACGCGGAUUCAGGAUCUGCAGGAGAGGCUUGCGCGGUAUGAGAGCCAGGGACUCGGCUUCUCUGUCAUCGAGGGAAGAGACGAUGAGACGAGGAUAGUUGGAGACCCCCCGGUGCAGUCCCCGAAGCGUCCACGGACAAGCGCGACUGUACAUACGCCGACGGAUAAUGCGACGCAGGUCAACGCGGCAUCGACAUUGCUGGGUCUGGCACUGGAUCAACUGACGUCUCCUCCAUCUACCAACACCGUCUCCCGCGGAACGGCGAGUAACAUCGUCGAGUCUUCGCCAGGGUCAACUAUCCCCGCCGACUCAACCCUCAGCUCCAGCCACAACUUCGGCUCCCGCUUGCAGAACCUCCUCGAGCACCCUCGCCUCAGCGGCAGAGAACCCACACCCCAACCGCGCCCUCACGCACCCUCCUCGCAGCCCCCUACAACCAAACCCCACAAUGACGCCCCCGCGCUGCCCUCCGAGGACGAGGGCCGCAAGCUCUUCGAGAGCAUGUCCUUCUUCAUCGGAUACACGCAGCACCACAUCGACACGCGCGAGUUCUCGGACCGGCUGGCCUUCUUCUACGCGAACCUCGGCGACCCCUCGCAGACGCAGACGCCGUGGUAUUUAGAAAUGGUGCUCGUGUUUGCGAUCGGGAAGCUGUUCUCGGGCGCGUUCGACGGCGACGACGAGGCGGGGGCGGGGCUGCCGGGCGAGGGCAUGUUCCGGUAUGUGCAGGGGCGGCUGCCGAGUCUGAGCGAGCUGUUUGGGCUGGGGAAGCUGGGCGUGGAGAUCCAUGCGCUGGCGGCGGUGUAUUUGCAGAAUGCGAAUCGGAAGGAGGAGGCGUAUCUUUAUAUUAGCUCGGCCUUGAGGCUUGCGACGACGCAUGGGUAUCAUAGGAACUCGGGGACGAAGCACUUGCUGCAAUCGGAGAAGGUGCAUCUGAACCGUCUUUGGUGGACGGUGUAUAUGCAGGAAAGACGACUUGCCGCCGCCACAGGGAACCCAUCCGGCAUCUCGGACGAUGUUAUUGAGAUUGAUAUGCCGAUCGACUCCCCCGGGUUCCCGCCCGCUCUACCGCUGAGAACCAACAUCAAGAUUGCAAGGGUCACGGGCAGGAUUCUCUCAACAAUCUACGGUCCGGGCAACCACCCCGAAGACGCCUUCGUGCCAAGCGUCCAGGAGAUCGUGCAGUCCCUCUAUUGGAUUGCCAAAGAGAUCCCCGGCGACUUCUCCAGCAAGCUGUUCGACAUCCCGUCCAUGGAGGGCGACGUCUCGCUGCGCACGUCGGCGUAUCUGCACAUGAUGCUGUACCAGGCGAUCCUGCUGACCAUCCGCCCCGUCAUGCUGCACGUCUCAAAACUAAUCUUCGACGACGACAACGGCAGCGGGUUGAGCUUGGGCACGUCGCCGCUUGGCCGGUUGAGCCGCACCUGCUCAGAGGGGGCGCGGCGAUUGCUGGAGGUCUUGCUGGCGUUGCGCAAAGGCAAUAUGCUAACAAUAUUCGGCUUCUUCGACCUCGACGCCAUCUUCUCCGCCGCCUUCAUCAUGAUCCUCACCCUCAUCAUCGACUCCACCUCCGACGACAGCCAGAAACUCGCCCCCAGCCCGGGCCUCCCCGACGCCCUCGAGAUCCUCGAUUACCUCGUCGCCCGCGGCAACGACUUCGCGUCCCAGCGGGCGCGCGAGGUGCGCCGCAUGCGGGACCACCUGUCCACCUUCCUCGACAUCCCGAAGAACAGCCCCAGCGAGGUGCGCAACAGACCGCCCACUGUCGCUGGGGACGCGAGCAUCGUCGUGUCGAUGGAUGACGAUGGCAAUGUGGAUGCAGAGGCGCGGAGGCUUGCGUUCCCGGGCUCCACGCCUAAGGAGGGUGGUGUGGUGACGCCGUCGGGCCGCACGAGUCAGCUUGGCUCGCGGAGCCUGCUGGACUCGAGUUUGUGGAAUGAUAUAUCGUACCUGUGGAUGCAGCCGGCUGCGGGCGAGGAUGCGCAGGUGGCGGAGCAGGCGGCGGGGAUGGCUGAGUUGAUGCCGGAGGAUGCGUAUAAUUGCUACUCGAUCUAUCAUAAUCAGGAUCUCACGCUUACGGGGCAGGAUUUGGGAGAUUUUGGGGAGUUGGAGAGGCAUAUCCUCGGGUUUGGUGGUUGA